AUUAGAGGUUUUGUAAAUGUGCAUGUGGAACGCAGGCUGCUUUCCCCUGUGACUGUUUUCUCCAUAGAUGUUAAAAUUAUCGCCGCAUCUAAUCUGACAUCAGGAGCGUAGCAGGCAGAUUCCACACCCUUCUGGGGGAACUAAUUGGCUUCAUCACUGGAAGAAAACAGGUGAAAUAUGAUGAAGGUGCUGAUUCUGGGACUUUGUUAUUUGGUUCUCCAGGCUGACCCUGCUGGGGCUCAGUUUCCUCGCGUUUGUUGCACAGUGGAGGCGAUCCUGUCCAAGCAGUGCUGCCCUGCUCUGGGUUCUGAUCCUGCCAACGUGUGCGGCACUCUGUCUGGAAGAGGAAACUGCUCCAGUGUCCGAGUUGACACCAAACCCUGGAGCGGACCGUACCGACUGAGAAAUGUUGAUGACAGGGAAAGAUGGCCGACCAAGUUCUUCAACCAGACUUGCAGGUGUACCGGUAACUUUGCAGGUUUUAACUGUGGCCAGUGUAAAUUUGGCUGGACAGGUCCAAACUGUGACCAGAGGAAAGCCCCAGUGGUGAGGAAGAACAUCCACUCCCUGAGCCCCAUGGAGCUCCAGGAGUUCCUGGAUGUCCUGGAACUUGCUAAGACCACCAUCCACCCAGACUAUGUCAUUGCCACGCAGCACUGGCUUGGACUCCUGGGUCCAAAUGGAACCGAGCCCCAAAUUGCCAACAUCUCUAUCUAUGACUUCUUUGUGUGGCAACAUUAUUACUCCGUACGGGACACUCUCCUUGGUCCUGGUCGUCCAUUCAAAGCCAUCGACUUCUCACACAAAGGACCAGCAUUCAUUACAUGGCACAGGUAUCACCUGCUGGGCCUGGAGAGGGAGCUGCAGAGACUGAGUGGAAAUGAGAACUUUGCGAUCCCAUACUGGAACUUUGCCACUGGUCAGAGGGAGUGUGAUGUGUGUACUGACUCCCUGCUGGGGGGCCGAAACCCAAACAGUCCAUCCCUCAUCAGCAACCAGUCCAGGUUCUCCAGAUGGGGAGUGGUGUGUAACAGUUUGGAUGACUACAAUCGACUGGUGACUCUUUGCAAUGGCACCACUGAGGGUUUCAUUCAGAGGGGAGUGAUGCAGGGAAGUAAUAUGUCUCUGCCCACCAUGAACGAUGUCAGAAACUGUCUCAGCCUCAGGGACUUUGACAGCCCUCCUUACUUCACCAACUCUUCUUUCAGUUUUAGAAAUGCACUUGAAGGAUAUGAAAAACCAGAUGGAGAACUGGAUGAAUCAGUCAACAACCUUCACAACCUCGUCCACUCAUUGCUCAAUGGAACCAGCUCCUUGCCUCACUCUGCAGCCAAUGACCCCGUCUUUCUGGUGCUCCAUGCUUUCACUGAUGCUAUUUUUGAUGAGUGGAUGAGGAGAUUUGUUCCAUCAAACGUGACCUAUCCUGAAGAGAUGGCCCCUAUUGGUCACAACAGGGAGUACAACAUGGUUCCUUUCUUCCCUCCAGUCACCAAUGAGGAAAUCUAUGUUCCGGCUCAGCAGCUGGGCUACUCCUAUGCUGUUUCCUUGGAAGAUGGAGCAAUGCCUGGGUUCGUGCUGGGGUCCACUCUGGGGGGAGUUUUUGUCGGCCUCCUGGUCCUUCUCCUCAUCUUGGCGCUCUACCUGCGUCAGCGGAGACACAGAGGCUUUGAACCUCUGAUAAAAGCAGAUUUCACCAACAAGAAGUACACAGAGGAAGCCUAGGGUCUGCUGAUUUCUUUGAAAUCCACAUCUAUACAAACGUAGCUGUGAGAAAUUGAAUAGCGAAAUGUAAAUCCUGGAGAUCAGUCUCAUUUUCCUCACAUUUCAACAAUGUUGUGAACUGUUAAAACACCUGAAAGCUGACUUAAGAAUUUGUAGACAUAUAUAUUCUUUAGAUAUUCAUGAUUAGAUAAGCAUCAUUCUUUAUACUAAUCUUAUAUAACUCGAGUAAUCUUCUUUAUCAUGUAUGUGUGGGUGUGGUUUGUUCAGAUAUGAUUAAUAGCUUUGCCUCUUGGGCUACAAGAGUCAUAUAAAUGAUACACUUUGUUGGCUUUGUAAUGAAUAUUCUAUAAAAAAGGCUAUUGUAAUUCUGUUGGAGAGUCAUUGUUGUGGAUGAACACAGCAGGGACUGAUUAUUGUUCCACCAAUAAACAACAUGUACUGUGCAAAAGUCUUAGUCAUAGAACAAACAGCAAAAAAUGUUGGAAAGAAAUGACGAAAUGCUAUUAACUAUAAAAUAAUUUAAGAUAAAGAGUGCUAAACACAAUAAGUAAAUAAAUAAAUAAACAGAAAUGAGACUGUACGUGCACAACUAAAUUCUUUUGAGCAAACAUCAAGUUGAUCAAUUCAUUAUUUGUGUAUUAUUUAACGCCUAAAUAGAUCCUUGUCAUUUGAUUUAUUGUUUGUACGUCACGUGAUAUGGAUUAUUUGUACUUUUUACCAUUGUGGUCCAUUUACCAUGCAAUUUUGGUUCUAUACGUUUUGUGCUACUGCAUACCACGAACACAGCGCAUGCACACUAGUGGCAACGGCGCUUAGCUUAAAAACAAACAUGGCAAGGUUUAUCUUUGCACAGCAUCAGGUACAGGUUUUUGCAAAUUGUCUAAGAACAAUUUUGGAUUGGACUCCUAUUUAAAGUUCGUGUUGGAAUGUUUGGAACCUUUUGACCUCAAAAACCCAGUGAUGGACACCAAAAUGUAAGUCCCUUUUCUCUUAUUUACAAAUUAACAAAACAUCAAAUGACAAGGAUCUAUUUUAGGCAUUAUGUAAAACAAAUAAUGAAUGUUUUUUCAUUUUUGAAAUGGAAAUUGCACUCAUAAAACACUCAUAAGCAUUCAUUUUUAUAUCAUCUCCUGUUUUUUUGUCUGUGGAAUCCUAUAAUCCUCCAACGCAAACAAGUUUUCAUUCAUCUGAAAACUUCUGUGACAUUCUUUCAUAUGAAUUAAAUGACCAAAAUUUACUUUGAAACUUGACACUUGGAAAUUUCGAUUUUCUACAGAACGUAUGAAUAAUAAUAAUAUUAGAUAUGUUAAGAUGCUUAAGACUUUUGCAGAUUUUGUAAAUAGUCCAUUGCAUAAGGUAUUAAUUACCAAUCAACACAAUCCCCCCCCCCCCCAUGCUUGAAUUAUGCUAAAAUCACACAUAGAAACCUCAAAAAACAAUAUUGUGAUAUCAUCAAAUUUCUAACUUUCACACAAAAUUGCUUGUUUGUGCAGAAUAUUAGACCAAAAUAUUCAAGUGUAUUGUUGGGGCUUUUAAAAUUUAAUAUGAGCUUGCUGUGGAACAAAAUUAUAACUUUUUAACCACUACAUGUAUUGCAACAUUAAAAUAUACUGAUUGUCUUUUUCAUUGAGCUAGCAAAUAGGCAACAUAACCACACACAUAUUCUUUUCCAUACUUUUUAUCCCCUUUUCUUUUUCCUGUUUGGAACAUCACAAAUGCAAAUGCAUCCAAUGCUUUCAUUUUUUUAAAUAAAUAUUUAUUCUCAAGAACAGUAACAAAACACAAAUGCAAUCGUCUUAAAUGCACCGAAAAAACAGUAAGGCAUAUUUUUCCUCAUUUUAAUAUUUACUGCAGCCCACUUGAAAUUAAACUCCAAUAGACUUCUUUAGAAUUAUAGUGUUUCUUGACGAUUCUAUUUAUGACACAAAUCCAUCAGCAUGACUUUUU